ACUAGGUUUUAUUUUACAUUUUUAUUUUUCUUUGUUUUUAUUUAUUUAUUUAUUUAUUUUUACAAACCUUUGCACGUUUGCAUUAUUUUUCUGUCAGUUCUGUUAUGUUUCCUGUUAAACUAUUUUUUAUUCCAUCCUGUAUUUGUGUUGGUUUUCUGUUUUAAACUCUGUUUUUGUGCUUUCUUUUGUUUUCAAGUACAAUUAAGUACAAACUAAAUCUUAAAGAUUUCUUCUGGGGUUUUUUUUCUCUAUUUAUUUUAAUCCACUCACCUGAUUUUAUUUUAUAUGACGCAUUUUCUUAUGAUAUCUUUUGUUUCAUCCAUCCAUCCAUCCAUCUUCUAUACCACUUUAUGCUUUUCAGGGUCACGGGGAAACCUGGAGCAUCGGGCACGAGGCGGGGUACACCCUGGACAGGGUGCCAAUCCAUCGUAGGGCACAAUCACAUACACACUCACACACCCAUUCAUACACUACGGACACUUUGGACACGCCAAUCAGCCUACCAUGCAUGUCUUUGGAGUGGGGGAGGAAACCGGAGUACCCGGAGGAAACCCCCGCAGCACGGGGAGAACAUGCAAACUCCGCACACACAGGACCACGGUGGGAAUCGAACCCCCGACCCUGGAGGUGUCACUGUGGAACAACCUGCUUUCUUCUUCUACGGUGCCACCGCCCCCUCGUCAUUGGUUGAAUCCCAUAUUCCCAUAAUCCUUAUUCGUAACUAGUGCACUUUGCGGGUUUCCCCAUUGGUUUUCACACUCUGUAGGGUGCCUAUGUAGGGUAUAGCGUCGUUAUUUGCUGUUACGGCUUUACAGACUAGAAGUAGCUCCAGAGAGACGCCGGAGAAGUUUGUAAUCAUAUUUCGAGAUGUCUUUAGCGGUUUUAAAACCUCUACUGGGCCUGAGAUCUGUUUACAGACUGCAGAGGAUACAAACACACAUGAUGAGCGGUACGGCGAGCUCCGAGGUUCUGUUGGAGAAAGUAGGGAAUGCCGGAGUGAUCACGCUGAACAGACCGAAAGCCCUCAACGCCUUGAACCUCUCCAUGAUCCGCCUGCUCCAACCCCAGCUGAAGAAAUGGGAGAACGAUUCGGAGACAGAUCUUGUGAUCAUUAAAGGUGCUGGAGGUAAAGCUUUCUGCGCUGGAGGAGACAUCAGAGCCGUUACAGAAGCGGGUAAAGCAGGAGAUUCUUUAGCACAGGACUUCUUCCGUGAAGAGUACAUUUUAAACAGCGCCAUAGGCACUUACAGGAAGCCCUACGUGGCCCUCAUUGAUGGGAUUACAAUGGGAGGUGGUGUUGGGCUCUCAGUCCACGGGCGCUUUCGUGUAGCCACGGAGAAGACGCUGUUCGCCAUGCCGGAGACGGCCAUCGGAUUAUUCCCCGAUGUCGGAGGCGGCUACUUCCUGCCGAGGCUCCAGGGAAAGCUAGGACUGUUCCUCGCCCUGACAGGGUUUCGGCUCAAGGGUCGAGACGUGCAGAGGUCUGGAGUCGCCACACACUUCGUCCAGUCGGAGAAGAUCUCGGCUCUGGAGAAGGAUCUGGUGGGUCUGAAGUCCCCGUCGGCCGGCGACGUGGCUGCUGUCCUCGACUCUUAUCAGGAGCAGAGCAGACUGGACGCCGAGAAGCCGUUUGUGCUGCAGCAGCACACAGAAGCCAUUGACAGGCUGUUUGAAGGCAGCAGCGUGGAGGAGAUCCUGGAGAAGCUGCAGAAGGAUCAGUCUGCGUUUGCACGGAAGCAGGUGGAGACCUUGUCGAAGAUGUCCCCGACGUCACUGAAGCUGACGUUCAGACAGCUGCAGGCGGGAGCCGGUCUGAGCCUGCAGGAAGUGUUGGUGAUGGAGUACAGGCUCUGCCAGGCCUGUAUGAGAGGACACGAUUUCUACGAAGGUGUGAGAGCUGUGUUAAUCGAUAAAGAUCAGAGUCCUAAGUGGAAACCGGCGACGCUAGCUGAAGUCUCGGAGCAGCGUAUCGAGGACAGCUUCGCUUCUCUGGGAGACAAAGAUCUCAAACUGUAAACGCUGCAAGCAGAAAGAAUCCUCUAUAGAUCCGUAGUUCGGGCAAAAAUCCGAGCAGACAUACGGACUUGCUUCCUUUAAGAUUCAACAUUCGGUUAUUAGGCUCGAAUCUUACUUGAAAUGCCGUGUUCAUCUUCUCCACACCACGCUGUGCUUUACGUCCUCAACAAAUCAGCCGUGACCGCUUCGGCUCCAGUGGAUUUAUGGCAGUAUGAAGUGGCUCGACAAAAAAAAAAAAUCUUUUUUUUUUUUUUUUUUCAUUUUUAUUUAUUACACAACUGACAGUUGCAUUCAAAUUGACUACUGAUCAUUCUGUGUGCAUAAUUACUCAAAUCAGUAAAUAACAUAAUACAUUCA